AUGGGCAAUUUCAUUAGCUGGAUCAACAAGAAUGUGCCCUCUGGCGAGCAAAAUGGCAAUGGCCAGACCGACUCGACCAACAAGCCUCAGUCUGUUUGGGGCAUGAUCGAUACUUUGGUCCCUGUACUGAUCAUUUCGGCCAUUUAUUUGGUCUUCUUCUUGAUAUUCAGAAGAUCCCAACGCAGAUACUACGCGCCGCGUACCUAUCUAGGUGGCAAAUCUGAACGGAGUCCGGAAAUGCCCCAUGGGUGGUUCAAUUGGAUCGGCGCAUUUUGGAAGAUCCCAGAUGCCUACGCGCUUACCCACCAAACUCUCGAUGCCUAUCUUUUCAUCCGCUACCUCAAAAUCUGCGCCAUCAUCUGCCUCGUCAGCCUGUGCAUCACUUGGCCCAUUCUUUUCCCCGUCAACGCCACGGGUAAGGGAGGCAGGUCGCAGCUAGAGAUUUUGUCCUACAGUAACGUCAACGUAGACGCGUCACCAAACUACUUCUUCGCUCACGUUUUCGUUGCGUGGGCUGUGUACGGCUUUCUCAUGUACAUGAUUACGCGCGAGUGCAUCUUCUACAUCAACUUGCGCCAGGCCUACCUUCUGACUCCCCACUAUGCUAACCGCAUCUCGGCUCGUACCGUUUUGUUCACCUGUGUGCCUGAAGAAUAUCUCAACGAGGCCAAGAUUCGCCAAAUGUUCAACAAUGCGGUCAAAAACGUCUGGAUUGCCGGAAACACAAAAGAACUGGACGAAAAGGUUGAAGAACGCGACAAGGUUGCCAUGAAGCUGGAGGGCGCCGAGGUCAAGCUGAUCAAGGCUGUCAACGUUGCUCGAACCAAGGCAUUGAAGAAGGGUGGAAACAACAACGAGACGGAGCACGACGCGGAGACUGCCGACGUCAUCUCCAGAUGGGUGCCCGAAAAGAAGCGACCCUCGCAUCGCCUUGGCCCAUUGGGCCUUAUCGGCAAGAAGGUCGACACGAUUGAAUGGUGCCGCUCCGAGCUCGCCAAGAGCAUUCCGGAGGUCCACAGAGCUCAGCUUGGAUGGAAGCAGGAAGGAAACUUCAAAAAGAUCGGAUCACUUUUCGUCGAGUUUCACACUCAAGCCGACGCCCAAGCGGCUUUCCAGGUCGUCACACACCACCAAGCUCUUCACAUGAGCCCCAAGGCGAUUGGUGUUAAGCCCGUCGACGUCAUUUGGAAGAACCUGUCCAUUCCGUGGUGGCAACUCAUUAUUCGCCGCUAUGCUGUAUACGCCAUUGUUGCGGCCCUCAUUAUCUUCUGGGCGAUCCCUGUCGGUAUCGUCGGCAUCGUCUCCCAAGUUUCCACUCUCACCAAACUUCCUGGCCUGAGCUGGCUGAACGACAUCCCCGAGAAAAUCCUCGGAGUCAUUUCGGGCCUGUUGCCGGCGGUCGCCAUCUCUAUUCUCAUGUCGUUGGUUCCCGUAAUCAUGCGUGCGCUGUCCCGUCUGGCGGGAGCCAAGACCAACACCGAAGCCGAGCUGUUCACCCAGAACGCGUACUUCUGCUUCCAGGUUCUCCAAGUCUUCCUUAUUCGGUCUGUCACCGACGCCGCAUCUACUGCAAUUGUGCAGAUUGCUGGUGAUCCUAGCUCAGUCUUUUCCAUUUUGGGAGGCGCUCUGCCGACUACAUCCAACUUUUAUAUUUCUUACUUUAUCGUCCAAGGUCUUACCAUUGCUGUUGGGGUUGUGACCCAGGUUGUCGGCCUUUUCAUCUUCAGGUUGUUGUACAAGUUCCUUGCCGGCACUCCUCGCGCGAAGUACACCAAAUGGACUACUCUGAGCGCCAUCCUCUGGGGAAGUCUCCUGCCAGUCUAUACCAACAUUGUAGUCAUCAGUAUCGUCUUCUCUGUCAUCGCGCCUCUCAUUCUGUUUUGGUCGACCUUGGCCCUCUUCAUGUUCUAUCUGGCCUAUCGUUACAAUCUGCUCUUCGUUUCCGACACCGCCGUCGACACUCAGGGGCUGAUCUACCCGCGAGCUCUCAAGCAACUCUUUACCGGCAUCUACUUGGGCGAGAUUGUGAUGAUUGGCAUGUUCGCUGUGGUCAAGUCACCAGGUCCUGCCGUUCUCAUGGCCAUUUUCUUGGUCUUCACGAUUCUGUUCCACAUCACCAUGACACGGAGUCUCAACCCUCUUCUGUAUGGCCUUCCCCGCACACUCGAAACCGAGGAGGCCAAUCUCCAGGCUCGUGGGACCGAUUUGGACACUGAAGAAGUCAACAGGGAGACGAGCACUGAAGCUGAUGGAACUACCGGUGCCACGGGCGUGUCGUCGGCGAAGAAGGUUCUGCCAGGAAACGAUUACGGAGUUCAGAAGAAGGGCAACAUGUUUAGUCGCUUCUUCAAGCCCUGGGUGUUUGCGGACUACGCCACUCUGCGGCACAUGGUGCCCCAGGAGAAAAACAUCAACUUUGCGCAGCUGGACCAGGCAGGCGAGGACAACGAGCGCAAUGCCUACUUCCCACCAAGCGUGAACAGCCAGCCUCCUCAACUCUGGGUUCCCCGGGAUCCCCUUGGUGUCUCGAGGCACGAGAUUGCACUCACGAGCAGUGUCAUUCCCAUCAGCGACAAGGGCGCUUACCUGGACGAGAAGAACAAUGUUGUUUGGUCCGAGGAUUUGACGAAUAGGGAAGAAUUGCCUCCUAUUCAUGAGGAAAAGGUUUACUACUAG